AUGGAGAGUCGCGUGGGUCUGGACUACAUCGUGGAGCAUGCGGAGUACGCCGGGAAGCUGGCGGCGGCUCUCAUGACGCCCACAGCCGCUGUAAAAAAACAAGUGUUUGAACUUCUAUCAGCGCUCUGUGUAUACAACGCAGAUGGAUACGCAAGAGCAGUGGACACUCUCGACAGGUAUAAGACACUGAAAGGAGAUCGUUACCGUCUAACGGUCGUAGUGGAUGAACUAAAGAAUGCUACUACCAUUGAUUAUAAAACAGCCCUAGUAGCAUUCGUCAACUGUCUGAUAAUCUCCGCACCACGAUUGCCAGAUAGGAUUCGAGUCAGGAAUGAGUUUAUUGGACUCGGCUUACUCUCUACGCUUAGCAGUUUAAGACAUGAAGCUGCUUCUCAUCCCAAUCUCGGCGUCCAAUUGGAUGUGUUUGAAGAACAGAGAGAGAGUGAUGAGGCUCACGGACCAGGAGGGAUCAAUCUCAACUCACACCUAGACGUCUUCUACGCUAUACUCAAACAGGUAUCAGACACGCCCCAAGAGAUCCCGUUCCUCAGUAUACUACAACACUUACUCCGAAUAGACCCAAAGGAAGCUGUUAGUGAUAUAGUGUGGGACACAGCGGAGACACUCGUACAUAGAGCGACCCUGUUGGAGACGAGGGAAGAUGCUGCUAAACUACUACGAGCUCCGAGCGUUCAGACUAAGAUGGUGUGUUCGUGUCAACACCGCGACGCUGGGUCCGCGAGGAAGCAGAGUCUACAGCGAGCUCUGUCACCACCACCCGCGCCUCCCGCGCCGCCUGGCGUCGUUCCACCUGCAGGGUCUAAUGCGCCCCUGCCCCCCUCCCCGCCGGCCCCGCCCGCGCCUCCCGCCCCGCCGCCGGCCCCGCCCCGCAUGGUGCCCCCUCCCCCACCCCCCGCGCCGUCCGUGUCCCCCGCCCCUCCUCCGCCGCCCGUGGUGGACGUGAAGCUGCCGCAGCAGGAGACCCCUCUACCGAAAACGAAGAUGAAGACGAUCAACUGGAACAAGAUACCCAACAGUAAAAUCGUGGGCCAGAACAACAUCUGGUCGCUGGUAGCGUCGAGUCACAAACACUCGCCCAAGGCAGAGUUAGACUGGACUGAGAUCGAGGGGCUGUUCUGUCAACAGGUUCAGCCGCCCGGGUCCGCAGGCUCGUCCCCUCGUCUGGGGCGAAGUCCCGUGUGUGAUAGUUCAGGCGAGAGGAAACCCCGCAAAGAACCUUCGGAGAUUACACUCCUGGACGGAAAGAGGAGCCUCAACGUUAAUAUAUUCUUGAAGCAAUUCCGCAGUUCCAACGAGGAGAUCAUACAGAUGAUACGUGAAGGAGCUCAUGAUGACAUCGGCGCGGAGAAGCUGCGCGGACUCUUAAAGAUACUUCCCGAGAUCGACGAAUGUGAAAUGCUGAAAUCUUUCUCCGGUGACGUCACCAAGCUAGGGAACGCCGAGAAGUUCCUCCUGCAACUGAUACAACUACCCAAUUACCGUGUUCGUGUGGAGGCUCUUCUAUUAAAAGAGGAAUGGUCUUCCACGGCGGGCGCUUUGGAGACAGCCGUCAACGCGCUGCUUGUGGCCGGAGAUGAUCUAAUGUCCUCGAGGGCUAUACAGGAGGUGUUAUACAUCUUAUUAGUAGCGGGUAACUUCUUGAAUGCGGGCGGGUACGCGGGCGGCGCGGCCGGGGUGAAGCUGUCUUCACUACAGAAACUCACCGACAUACGAGCAAACAAGCCCGGGAUGAAUCUGAUGCACUACGUCGCUAUGCAAGCUGAACGGAAGAACAAAGAGCUGGUGCACUUCGCUGACGACAUACGAGUGUUGGAGGAAGCUUCGAAGGCCAGCGUGGAACAAAUACACAACGAAAUACACACGCUCGAGAACAGAAUACACGCGCUCAAGAGAGAUGUGCAGCACACGAGCAGCGACAUACGGAUACAGACGGAGGAAUUCCUACAGGUAGCCGAACGUGAAGUGGCAGCUCUGAAAAAAGAUAUGGAGGAAGUGGAGGGGAUGAGGAAACAGUUGGCGGAGUUCUUCUGUGAGGACCCUGUGUCAUUUAAACUGGAGGAGUGCUUCAAGACGUUCGUAUUAUUCUGCACCAAGUUCCGCUCAGCCGUCGCUGACAAUGAGAGGCGGCGGACCUUGGAACAACAAGCGGCCGCCAGGAAUAGGAACAGGAAUAAGAUACAUAAGAAGACCGGGGAUGGACUCGGGAAUAAUGAUUUGGGUGGUAGUGUGUGCAGUACUCCGGUGUCAGAGAGCGAGUCCCUCAUGGAGUCUCUGCUACUGGACAUCAGGAACGGUCUCGGGAGACGCUCGCUGAGGAAACAACACGAACCAUCACCAUCACCUGACGCGACCCCCCCCGGUAGUCUCCGUCGUCGUUCCCGCGCGUCCCCGGACGAGGACGGCCUGAUGGAGUUCCUGAGGCAGGCGUCACCCGCAGGAGACGAACACAGAGAGAGGAGCGCCUGGGGCAGUCUGGACCGCUCGUGGUCCCGGCGCGCCCCGGUGCGUGCUCGCCUGGAGCUGCCGGACAGAGAACGAACACCCUCCGCAACCACGCAACCAUCAACACCCUCAGACAACCCUAAACCCAAGGAGUGGCGUCAGAAGAUCGAGUCGUGGCUCCGUGCGAACAGUGAGGAGGAGCGUCGCGCGCCCUCCCCCGCGCCCGCUGCCCCCGCGCGGGCCCGCUCACUCAGGGUGCUGCAUCGGCGCUCCUUGGAAAACGACUCCGAGAGCGAGCGCAGUACACUGGACACGCUGACGGAGGGCGGCGCGGCGGGAGGGGAGAGGGGCUGGAGACCCGCCGUGCCCACCGACACUGACCUCGUGAAGGCUAUAGAGGUCGUGGAAGACGUUCAGCCGAAGACGGUAGAGAACAGAGUACCGUGGAGGAGGACGGAGGAGAACGAGGAGAUACGGAGACUGAGGAGACAGAGAUCACGACCAGCGGUGGACACACAGACACUGGUGGCCAUUAGGGAGGAGAGGAGGAGGCUGCCACACAUCACGCUCACCGGGGACACGGGGGACGCGGAAAAUGCAGGGUCCUCGACCGGGGAGAGGAAGAUGUACAGUCCACCGACUGACAGGGAGCCGUGUAGGAGACUACUACCGGCCAUCACGAACAACAACGAGAAGACGAGCGGGGAGAUGAAGGAGCUGUGUCACGAGAUACUGGGGGACGGACAGUUUGACAGGUUCUCAGACGCGAGGAGGACACGGAGAUACAAGAGGAGCACGGAGGAGGAGAAGAGGAGCCCGGAGAUAGAGACACAAGUGACACGACCUGACACACUGGACGUACAGGCGGUGUAUGGGAAGGAGGAGAAGGAGGUGACACCCGCGGAGGACACGGAGAACAGACUGAAACGAUGGCAGGAGAGACUGAAGGACAAGGACAAGGAUAAGGCGCCCGCCAGGAUGAGGAGGCAGACAUCUAUCAACCAGGAGGACGUGCAGAAGGCUAUCAGGGAGCUGAAAUCACCCACACAGACACCUGCCCGGCCCUGGACCAGGAACACCUACAGGAGGUCACUGAACUCUAAGACGGACAGGGCGCCGCCCACCGGCCCCGCCCCCGGCACACACGAGAGAACCACGACCCCGAGGAUCACGAAGGUUAAGAGCGAACACGAACUGAACGACGAGGGCUUCGAGGAGACGCAGAGCCUGAACUCGGAGAGCGCCUCGCAGGGAGCGGGCUCGGGCUGCGGCGGGGACUGUGAGGCGACCGCGACCACCAAGAAUACAGACACCCCAAAGAAAAUAACUACCAAAGACACUCGGCCGCCCCCGCGGACCCCGCUCGACCCGCGGCGCAGUCUCCCGCGGCGGCCGGCCGCUCUCCGUGUGGAGCGCUCGGCCUCCCGCGCGUCCCUCAGGAGCUCCCGCAGCUCCUUGAACAGCUCGGCGUCCGUGGCCACCGUGAAGCGCGCGCCCUCCAUCAAGCCCGUGCCCAAACCAAUCCCCAAGCCGGCCCCGCGGGUCCCGGCCUCCCGCUCCUCCUCCAGCGGCAGCUCCAUCGGCACCUCCAGGCCCAAAACCGACAGGACCUCCGGCUUCAUGAGGCCCACACAGGCCUCCAAGGUCCGGGGGACCGCGGCCAAGACGAGCGCCAAAUGA